AACAAAAAGUCCCCUCUCUCUCUCUCUCACACACACACUCUCCAUUCUCUUUCCCCCAAACCUUCCUCUGUAGCAACACCAUCCAUCAAUGGCGGCUCCAUCCAAUAAUCUAAGCCGUGAACAAUACCUAUACUUAGCCAAACUAGCCGAACAAGCCGAACGUUACGAAGAAAUGGUACAAUUCAUGGACAGACUCGUCCUUUCCUCAACUCCAUCAACUGAACUCACAGUCGAAGAACGCAAUCUCCUUUCCGUAGCUUACAAAAACGUGAUCGGCUCAUUACGUGCCGCGUGGCGUAUUGUUUCGUCUAUCGAACAGAAAGAAGAAUCAAGGAAGAAUGAAGAACACGUGAGUUUAGUUAAGGAGUAUAGAGGUAAAGUUGAGAAUGAACUAACACAGGUUUGUGCUGGUAUAUUGAAGUUGCUUGACUUGAAUUUGGUUCCUUCGGCUUCGUCAAGUGAAUCGAAGGUGUUUUACCUUAAGAUGAAAGGUGAUUAUUAUCGGUAUUUAGCUGAGUUUAAAGCUGGUGAUGAAAGGAAACAGGCUGCUGAAGAUACUAUGAAUUCUUAUAAAGCUGCUCAGGAAAUUGCACUGACAGAUCUGCCUCCAACACAUCCCAUAAGGCUGGGUCUUGCACUUAAUUUCUCAGUGUUCUACUUUGAGAUACUGAACUCAUCUGACAAAGCUUGUAAUAUGGCAAAACAGGCAUUUGAGGAAGCCAUAGCUGAGCUGGACACUUUAGGUGAAGAGUCAUACAAGGACAGCACCCUUAUAAUGCAACUCCUGCGAGACAAUCUCACACUUUGGACCUCAGAUGCUCAGGAUCAGUUGGAUGAAUCUUGAUUUGCUAUGCUGACUCGUCUCUUGUAUGGGCUCUAAAUGUCAUUUGCUUUCUGCUGACUUAUUGUAUAAGAAAAAAGACAGCUUCUCUUGACUUGUUAUGUUUGAUAUUUGACCUAUGGUGGUUUGGUACUUGGAAAUCUAGUUGUUAAAUUUGCAAUAUUUGCUGCAUUUCUUUUGUUUUGGUAAUAGUUACUGCCUUUAGAAAUGUUUUUCUUUUCUUUUUCCAAUGCAAUCGAAUCUAGUAUUGUGUAAGCUUGAGGUAUUAUACAAAAAAACCUUAAAUGUGUGUGCCUUU